AAAGGGCCCGGCGCGCGGGGCUGGGAGCGGCGGCGGCACCCGGAGCAGAGCGGCGGCGAUGGCUGAUUACUGGAAAUCACAGCCAAAGAAAUUCUGUGGUUACUGCAAGUGCUGGAUAGCAGACAACAAGCCAAGCAUUGAAUUUCAUGAAAGGGGAAAGAACCAUAAGGAAAAUGUGGCAAAGAAAAUUAGUGAGAUUAAAAAGAAAAGUAUGGAAAAGGCAAAAGAAGAAGAAAAAAUGUCAAAGGAAUUCGCAGCAAUGGAGGAAGCUGCACUGAAAGCAUAUCAAGAGGAUCUGAAAAGGCUUGGAGUUAAGUCAGAUUCUAUAGGUCACAGUUCAACACAAAGUAAACAGGAGGAAAAGAAAGAAAAGAAGGAAAAGAAAAAAAAGAGAAAAGACACCUCAGAAGCGCCAUCAGAUGAAACAAAGGAAUGGGUGCAAGGACUUUCCCCUGAGGGUUACAUGUAUUACUACAAUACUGUAACCGGAGAAUCACAGUGGGAGAAACCUGAAGGAUUUCAAGACAACUCUCAAAACUCACAAAUGACAGGAGUAUGGGUGGAAGGAGUCAGUGAAGAUGGUCAGACCUACUAUUAUAAUACAGAGACAGGAGUAUCAACGUGGGAGAAGCCUCAUGGUUUUGUUUCAUCUUCGUAUGAGAGCAAUAAAGAUGACGAUCAUCCUGAAGAACACACCACAGCGGAUUCAAAGGGAUCUGAAUCAGAUGCUGAGAAGGAUGGUAAUAAAAGUGAAGUACAAAAGCCAGAAACAAACUUAAAGAUGAAAAGAGACAGCGAUGAAGAAACAGAGGAAGAGAAGCCCCCCAAAGUUAAAAAGAUAAGCCCUUAUGGAGAGUGGCAGGAAGUUAAACAAGAAACUGAUGUUGCUCAGGAUGAGGCCCCGUCAGUUCCACAAGUUACCUCCCACAAUGUAUCUAAAAAGACAAACCCUUAUGGAAACUGGGAGACAGUUACAGAAAAGGAAGACCCAUAUGAAAAAGUGGACUUAGAGCUUCCCAGUACAGAGAGUGACUAUCUCCCUCUGCCAGUGCUCCAGGUUCCAGAGGAUGCAAAAAUGAUAUUUAAAGAAAAAACAGUCACCUCCCUUGGAGACCUGACAGAAGAGGUGCCGAUCUUCAAAAAGAGAAAAUUUGAAAAUGGAAAAUCUAGAAAUUUACGACAAAGACCAACUGAUCAGUAA